AUGAAGUCCGAACUGGUACUUACCGUCAACUCUUCCAUCCUGAACAAAGAGGACGCUGCCAACAACUAUGCCCGAGGUCACUACACAGUGGGAAAAGAACUGAUAGACUUGAUUCUCGAUAGAACAAGGAAGCUGGCUGAUCAAUGUACUGGUCUACAAGGUUUCCUCAUCUUCCACAGCUUUGGUGGAGGAACCGGAUCUGGUUUCUCUUCCUUGUUAAUGGAAAGAUUGAGCGUCGAUUACGGCAAAAAAUCCAAGCUGGAGUUUGCUGUUUAUCCUGCUCCACAAAUUUCAACUGCUGUAGUAGAACCAUACAACUCCAUCCUUACAACCCAUACUACACUGGAACAUUCUGAUUGUGCUUUCAUGGUGGACAACGAGGCUAUCUACGACAUCUGCCGAAGAAACCUAGACAUUGAAAGACCAACCUACACCAACCUAAACAGACUGAUUGGUCAAAUCGUCAGCUCCAUUACUGCUUCGCUCCGAUUUGAUGGUGCAUUGAACGUCGAUCUUACUGAGUUCCAGACCAACGUGGUUCCAUACCCACGCAUCCAUUUCCCAUUGGCUACCUAUGCUCCAGUCAUAUCUGCUGAGAAAGCCUACCAUGAACAACUUUCUGUUGCUGAAAUCACCAAUGCUUGUUUCGAGCCAGCCAAUCAGAUGGUCAAAUGUGAUCCUCGUCAUGGUAAAUACAUGGCUUGCUGUAUGUUGUACCGAGGUGAUGUUGUUCCCAAGGAUGUCAACGCUGCUAUUGCAACCAUUAAAACCAAGAGAACAAUCCAAUUUGUUGACUGGUGCCCAACUGGUUUCAAAGUCGGUAUCAACUACCAACCACCAACAGUUGUACCAGGAGGUGACUUAGCCAAGGUCCAGAGAGCUGUUUGUAUGUUGAGUAACACAACUGCUAUUGCUGAAGCCUGGGCUCGUCUUGAUCAUAAAUUUGAUCUGAUGUAUGCCAAGAGAGCUUUUGUUCAUUGGUAUGUUGGUGAAGGUAUGGAAGAAGGUGAAUUCUCUGAAGCUAGAGAAGAUUUAGCUGCUCUGGAGAAAGAUUAUGAAGAAGUUGGAGUUCAUUCUGUUGAAGGUGAAGGAGAAGAAGAGGGAGAAGAAUAUUAA